UCCAGCAGCUUGAGUAUCCCAGACAUGGCUGGCAUCCCGGGAUGAAAUCAACACGAUAAAGAGCAGCAGGAAGAAAAGCACCAGCAAGAAAAGCCGUGCUGAACUUAUAAAUAUCUAACUCGCUCUUCCACAUUGACCCCGCCCACAGGGCCAGUAGCCCCGCCUACAUGGUUGCCAGGACUACUUGGAUUAACUCUUCCACUGCUGGACACGCACCACAAUGAUACUGGGUAGUAGAGUACCUGGUAGGACAUGAAUACCACAGCAGUACCAUUUGGUCAAGCCUAGUGUUGCUCUGAUGGGAAAAAACACGCAGUCUUUUUUUUUCUACAUUUGUUUUUACAUGUUUACACUUUGUAAAUACUCACACCCUCUAUUUAUUAUGCAAAUAAUAGUCAUACCAAGAGAUUCAUAUUCCUAACGGCCAUGUUUAUUUGAUUUGAUGUGAUUUAUUGAUUAUGCAAAUAAUGCUAACGAAAAGAGAUGAAUAUUUCUAACUUGCACUUUGACCCAGUAGGCCAUGUGUAUUUUACUUUAUUGUGUUUUGUUAAUUCAAUUAUUUAUCUGAUUUGAUUUGAUUUGAUGUUAUUUAAUCUCAUUUAUUUCAUUGAUUAAUUAUGCAAAGAAUACUGAUACAAAGAGAUUAUUUCUAACUUGCAAUUUGACCCAGUAGGCCAUGUUUGUUUUAUUUUAUUUUAUUUAUUUUUUACACUUUGUAAAUACUCACACCCAAGUAGGACAGAUUUUUUUAAAAUUCUAUUAAUUACAUCAUCUAUCUGAUUUUAUUUAAUUUGAUCUUAUUUUAUUUCAUUGAUUUGAUGUUAUUUAUCAAUCAUGCAAAUAAUACUAAUAAAAAAGAUGAAUAUUCCUAAUUUGCACUUUGACCCAGUAGGCCUUGUUUAGUUUAUUGUACUUUAUUUAUAUAUUAUUUAAGCUUUGAAUUGUAUUGAAUGAGAUGAGUUUUAUCGCUAGCACGCCCACACGUUUUUGUUUGUACGAUGACAUCCGCAGCAAGCGAACGAUCAAUCAGCUGAGGACACAGCCAGGGACAAAUUCAUCUAAGAUUGAUGUGACGCAGCUUACAAGACUUUCGUGGUCUUUGAGCUUUUUUUAUCAGCUGAAGUGGAAACCUGGCUGGAACAGCUGCAGCGAGUUUGAGCUGGACGCUUUUCCUGAUAGCUGCUUUAAGCAAACACUGACGUGCACACACGGCCAAUAAAAAAGAAGGAGUCCCCCACAAAGUGAGCCACAAUAUUGACUGUAAGGACUGAAGGAUUUGACUUGAAUGGAGGCUUUUUUUAAAUGCCGAGUAAGAAAUAUUGGCAUUGUUGCUCUUUGGUUCACUCAUGAGAGUAAGAAUAUAAGCAAACAAGCAAAUACUUACUCUAUGUUCACAUGCGUGUUCCUGUACUGUGUUUCGUAUUUCUAUGCACUAGAGGAUGUCAACAUUCAGCCAUCAGUGGAAAUCAUAAUCAGCUGUUUUUGGGUCGUUGCACCUCGUCUCCUUUAAAUGAUGUAACAGUCAUGUACUCUAUGUUAGUGUACAUCUGGACGGAGAAAUACUCUUUCUUUUCUUUUCAUUUUAGUCAUUUAUUUUAUUUAUUGAUUUAUUUUGAGGCAUUUCAAAUGUUUGGCUGAUUUUGAGUCAUUUUAUAUAUGUUUUUAUUUUAGUUGUGUCAUUUUAAAUGUUGUUUUUAUUUUGACUCAUUUUCUUUUUUUUAAUUUCCGGUCUUUUUAAUUUCUAGAAUUUGAAUUGAGUCAUUUUACAUUGUAGUGUUUUUUUCAGUCGUUUUAUUUUUUAGCUUUAUUUAGAGUCAUUUUCCAUUUCGUUAUUUUAAUUAAGUCAUUUUCAAUUUUGUGUUUUUUGUUUCAAUACUGAGUCAUUUAAGAUUUUCCAUUAUUUUUGAGUAAUAUUUUGUGUUUAGUUAUUUUAAUUGGGUCAUUUUCAUUUUGUGUUGUUUUUUUUAAUAUUGAGUCACCCAUUGUCCAUUUUUAGUUAUUUACUCAUUUCAUUUUUAUUUUUUUUGGAGUAACUUUUCAAGUUUAGUUAUUUUAAUGAAGUCAUUUUCAUAAUAUAUUUUUUAAUUGAAGUUUUUUUCACUUACGUUAUUUUAAUUGAGUCAUUUUCAAUUUUGUGGUUUUUUUUCAAAUUUCAAGUCAUUUAUUUAUUUUGAGUCAUUUUCCAUUUUUAGUUGUUUAAUCAUUUCAUUUUUAUGUUUAUUUUUGAAUAAUUUUCUGUGUUUGGUUAUUUUAAUUGUGUUUUUUGUCAUAUUCAGCCUUCAUUUAUUUGAAUUGAGUCAUUUUCAAUGGUGUGUUUUUUUAUUAUUAUUUUUGAGUCAUUUUCCAUUUUUUGUUAUUUAGUCAUUACAUUUUUAUCUUUAUUUUGAGUCAUUUUUUUCUUUUGUUUUUUAUUUUGGAGUCAUUUAAAUGUUUACAAUUAUUUUGAGUUUUUAGUUAUUUUUAAUUGAAUAAUUUAAAAUUUGUGUUGAAUUGAUUUUGAGUCAUUUUCAAUUUUGUGUGUUUUUUGAAAUGUUAAUUUGAGUCAUGUAAUGUUUUUUUCAUUCUAAGAUGGACAACUUAUUUAAAAAAUGUCAAAAUAAUAAUAAUAAUAAUAAUAAUAAUAAUACAGGCUUCGCUACACGUGAUAAAAUAAAGUAAAAUACUAAAAUGAAAUGAAUAACAAAUGAAAGACAUUUCAAAAUGCAAUAAAUGGAGUAAAAAAUGCUAAGUGUGACGUUGAGGAUGAAAUAUGAUGAGUGCGUCCAAGCAGGCCGUUCUAAAAGUGACGGGGGCGGCACAGCAACACCCCCUUCUUCCUUCUCUCCACUUCUCUCUCUCUCUCUCUCUCUCUCUCUUGGUAUAAAUGUGGCACGGGCGCCUGCAGAGAUCCCUUCCAGAACUCUCCCUUAGGACGCGGAGGAGGAGAAGAAGAAGAAGAAGAAGAAGCAUGGCACCAGCAGGAAGCAAGAAGGGCAUCCUGGAGCGUCUGGACGCGGGCGAGCUCGUCAUCGGAGACGGAGGCUUCGUCUUCGCCCUAGAGAAGAGAGGCUACGUGAAGGCGGGGCCGUGGACACCCGAGGCCGCCGCCGAGCACCCGGAAGCGGUGCGCCAGCUGCACAGGGAGUUCCUCAGGGCGGGAUCCGACAUCAUGCAGACGUUCACCUUCUACGCCAGCGACGACAAGCUGGAGAACAGAGGACACACUCAGCGCUUCACCGGGCAGCAGAUCAACGAAGCGGCGUGCGACCUGGCGAGGGAGGUGGCCAACGAGGGCGACGCAUUGGUGGCCGGGGGCGUGUCCCAGACGCCGUCUUACCUGAGCUGCAAGAGCCAGGACGAUGUCAAGGCCACGUUCAAGAAGCAGCUGGAUGUCUUUGUCCAGAAAAAUGUUGACUUCCUGAUCGCUGAGUACUUUGAGCACGUGGAAGAGGCCGAGUGGGCGGUGCAGGUUUUGAAAACCACCGGCAAGCCCGUGGCGGCCACGCUGUGCAUCGGACCCGAGGGAGACCUGAACGGAGUCAGCCCAGGAGAGUGUGCCGUUCGACUCGUUCGAGCUGGCGCUGACAUUGUGGGCGUCAACUGCCACUUUGACCCGGAGACCUGCGUGAAGACGGUGAAGAUGAUGAAGGAGGGCGUGGAGAAGGCGGGCUUGAAGGCCCACUACAUGAGCCAGCCGCUCGCCUACCACACGCCCGACUGCAACCGGCAAGGGUUCAUCGACCUUCCCGAGUUCCCCUUCAGUCUCGAGCCGAGGAUCCUGACCAGGUGGGACAUGCAGAAGUACGCGCGGGAAGCGUAUGCCGCCGGAAUACGCUACAUCGGCGGCUGCUGUGGAUUCGAACCGUAUCACGUCCGUGCGCUGGCUGAGGAGCUGGCCCCCGAGAGGGGCUUCCUGCCGGCGGGCUCUGACAAGCACGGCCUGUGGGGGAGCGGCCUGGAGAUGCACACCAAGCCCUGGUGCAGAGCAAGGGCCCGCCGGGACUACUGGGAGAAGCUCAAACCCGCAUCCGGUCGCCCCCUGUGCCCCUCCAUGUCCACGCCUGAUAGCUGGGGGGUCACCAAGGGCCACGCCGACCUCAUGCAGCAGAAAGAGGCCACCAGCCAGGAUCAGCUGAAAGCUCUGUUCCAGAAGGCCGACAAAGGCCAGUGAGGCGACGACGUUUACACGUGAAUCAAAUUUGUCUCUUUUGGACCAUUUUAUCACAUCAAAGUGUAGAAUACAAAUAAAGAUUAGAAAAGAGAGUUGAAAAGUGCCAAAUGGGAGCAUUUGCAGCAAUAAAUGUACACUUUC